AUGACCGACGACGCAAGCCGGGCGCUCGCCACCGUCCGCUCCACCGCAAUUGACGGCCGACUGCACAACAUCUACUGGCGGCAAGACCAGCUGCGCAGCCUGCACAGCACGCUGGUGUCGCACGAAGCCGCGGUCCUGGAAGCCACGACGAGGGACUCGCACAACACGCUGGCCGAGGCGAAGACCGAGUUCUACCUGACGCUGGCCGCCGUCAAGCAGCACUUCCUCUCGCUGAGCCCGAAGCUCGAGCUCGAGCGCGAGUACAGCGUCGCCCACGGCAAAGACGCGGCCGACAGGCGCGAUCCCGUGGGCAUCGUCUACAUCGAGCCGCAGACGUCGUCGUCGUCCGCACACACCCUCUUCUACUCCGUCAUCGUGCCGCUGGCUUCCGCUAUCGCGGCCGGGAACUGCGUCGUCGUGCAGCUCGAAACAACCCUCCAAACCCUCCCGCCCGUCAUCCGCCAACUCCUCAGCACCGCCCUGGACCAGGACAUCUUCGCCAUCGUCCCGACGCGGCCGCCUUCCUCCUUCUUCGCCACGUCCAACGUCAUCUCGGUGCUGCAGAGCGGCAGCGAGCAAGCGCUGAGCAGCAUCUCGUCGACGUCGACGUCGGCCUCGCUGAUCUCGCCCGCCGCAGCCCGUGCCGUCGCUCUCGUCGAGCGCAACGCCGACUUGGGCGCUGCGGCUCGCGCGCUCGUGACGGCGCGUUUUGGCUUCGGCGGCCGCUCGCCGUACGCGCCUGACGUGGUGCUGGUCAAUGAGUUUGCGAAGGAGGCGUUUCUGAAUGCGGUGGUGCAGGAGAGUAUAAAGUAUAUGGCCGUGGCGGGGGAGAAGAGUAAUGGGGCGGCGGUGAAUGGGAGAGUGGGUGAUGGGAGGGGGAAGGGUGGUGGGGUGAGUGUGGUGGAGCAGCUGAAAAACGAGGCGGGCGUGAGGGUCGUGACGGCGGGGGCGAACGGGGCGAUUUUGGACGUGGAAAAGAGGGAGUCGACCGCAUUAGGCAGGAAGAUCGGCGAACGCUGCCUGCUCGUGCAUGCUACCACGAGCCUGGACGACGGCAUCGACCUAACGAACAAGAUCGCCGGCAACGCGCCCCUCGCAACCUACCUCUUCGCCGACCCGGCCUCCUGCAAGUACAUGAGCCAGUUCACCACCGCGCACCUCUCCUUCGCCAACCACUUCCCGCUCGACCUCCUCGUCGGCCCCGCCGCACCCACCACUGCUGCCCUCGACACGACAAACCGCUACCCCUCGUCCCUCUUCACCGUCCCGCGCCCCCAGUACGCUAAGCCUUCGCCCCUGUCGGCGCGCUUGUCCGGCAUCCUGCAGGUAGCCCCGGGGGCCAGCAGCAACAGCGAGGCGCUCAAGUCCCUAAAGACGGAGGCCACCACCGCCCUGCCGCCGAACCGGCCCUACAAGAAGAACAUCGGCUUCUUCGAGCAGGGCAUCUUGCUCGGGCUCGGCAUGACGGCCUUGCCGCUGCUGUCGGGCCUGAGUCUGUUGACGUGGUAUGGGAGUAAGACGUUGUUGACGUAUUGGAGAGGGUGA